UACACUUAAUAUGUUGUGGUCUGACACUCCCUAAUUUUAAUUUAUUGAGAGAUUUUUUACGUCCAACAUAGAUAGUUUGAAUAUAGUGUACACAGAAACAUGUGUAUUAGUUGACUUCUAGAUAAAGUGACUCGCUACAUUAUUAGCAAGAAAUAUGUCCACAUUAUCAAGAUCCCUGAAUAUUAGUCAGCAAAAAUUAGCUGAGAAGCUAAUUAUACUGAAUGACAGAGGUAUUGGUAUUUUAACAAGAGUUUACAACAUUAAGAAAGCCUGUGGAGAUGCCAAAUCGAAACCAGCAUUUCUAUCUGAUAAAGCAUUGGAGUCAUCAAUUAAGCACAUAGUUAGGAGAUUUCCCAACAUUGACGUUAAAGGACUCCAAGCAAUUACACCAAUACGGAAUGAAGUAAUCAAAUCAUUGUCGCUAUACUAUUACACAUUUGUAGAUUUGUUAGAUUUUAAAGACAAUGUUUGUGAACUUCUUAACAUCAUAGAUGCAUGUCAGGUUACUUUAGACUUGACAUUGAAUUUUGAAUUGACAAAAAACUAUCUUGACUUGGUUUUAACAUAUGUUACACUAAUGAUAUUGUUGUCUCGAGUUGAAGACAGAAAAGCAGUGUUAGGUUUAUUUAAUGCUGCAUAUGAAUUGCUACAGAAUCAAAUUGAGAAUAGUUUUCCUCGUUUGGGACAGUUGAUUGUUGAUUAUGAUGCUCCAUUGAAGAAAUUGUCUGAAGAAUUUGUGCCACAUCAAAAAGUACUAGCAAGUGCAUUAAAUUCUCUAUGGCAUGUGUAUCCAGCUAGAAAUCUUUCUGCUGAACAUUGGAGAUCGGAGCAAAAGCUAAGCUUAGUAAGUAAUCCAGCUCAGCUACUCAAACCAUCAGAAACAAACACAAUGUCUUGUGAGUAUGUAUCAUUGGAGUCUUUGGAGAGGUGGGUCAUAUUUGGUUUUGCACUCUGUCAUCAGAUGCUCCAGCAGGACCAUGCUAAUAAAAUGUGGGUCAAUGCACUAGAGUCAGGAUGGGUUGUGGCAUUAUUUAGAGAUGAAGUGAUUUACAUUCACAGCUACAUACAAGGUUUCUUUGACAGCAUAAAAGGCUAUGGCAAAAGAAUAUCUGAAGUAAAAGAUUGUUACCAUCAUGCAGUACAGAAAGCAGGAUACAAACACAGAGAAAGGAGAAAAUUCUUAAGAACAGCUUUGAAAGAACUGGGUCUAAUAUUGACUGAUCAACCAGGAUUAUUGGGCCCAAAAGCUCUUUUGAUUUUCAUUGGCCUCUGCUAUGCAAGAGAUGAAGUAUUUUGGCUGUUGCGACAUAAUGAUAACCCACCACAAAAAGUAAAGGGAAAAUCUGCAGAAGAUUUGGUAGACCGUCAACUUCCUGAACUUUUGUUCCACAUGGAAGAAUUAAGAGCAUUGGUUCGUAAAUAUAGUCAAGUAAUGCAGAGAUACUAUGUGCAAUACCUUUCAGGCUUUGAUGCUGUAGCAUUGAACAUGAUGAUUCAGAACUUGAAGGUAUGUCCUGAAGACGAAAGUAUAAUAUUAUCAUCUUUAUGUACUACUGCAGCAAAUUUGAGUGUCAAACAGGUUGAAGAGAAUGAGCCAUUUGAUUUUCGAUCAUUCCGUUUAGAUUGGUUCAGACUUCAAGCAUAUACAUCUGUUGUCAAAACCCCCUUGAGUCUUGUUGAUCAAAGGGAACUGGCUCAGUUUAUAGACAAAAUGGUAUUCCAUACUAAAAUGGUAGAUAACCUUGAUGAAAUAAUGGUUGAAACAUCUGAUCUGUCAAUAUUUUGCUUUUACAACAAAAUAUUUGAAAAUCAGUUCCAUAUGUGUCUUGAGUUCCCUGCACAAAAUCGGUAUAUUAUAGCAUUCCCGCUUAUUUGUAGUCAUUUCCAAAAUUGUACUCAUGAACUAUGCCCUGAAGAGAGGCAUCACAUUCUAGAGAGAAGUUUGUCAGUAGUCAACAUAUUCUUGGAUGAAAUGGCAAAAGAAGCAAAAAACAUUAUCACCACUAUAUGCGAUGAACAGUGUACUAUGAGUGACAAAUUACUACCCAAACAUUGUGCACAAACUAUAGCUCAUUUAGCUAACAGAAAAAAGAAGGAUAAAAAUAAGAAAAACACAAUUGAAAUUGUUAAGCCUGGAGCAGAAAGUUACAGAAAAACUAGAGAAGAAUUGACAACCAUGGACAAACUUCACAUGGCUUUGACAGAAUUAUGCUAUGCUAUAAAUUAUUGUUCCACUGUAAAUGUUUGGGAGUACACUUUUGCACCACGAGAGUACUUGCACCAACAUUUGGAAACUAGAUUCUCUAAGGCCUUGGUUGGCAUGGUAAUGUUUAACCAAGACACAAGUGAAAUUGCUAAGCCUUCUGAGUUGCUGGUUAGUGUUCGUGCAUACAUGAAUGUGCUUCAAACUGUUGAAAAUUACGUUCAUAUUGAUAUUACACGAGUUUUCAAUAAUUGUCUUUUACAACAAACUCAAAAUAUGGAUAGUCAUAAAGAAAAAACCAUUGCAUCAUUGUAUACACAGUGGUACUCUGAGAUUUUACUGAGACGGGUCAGUGCUGGUAGUAUUUGUUUUUCAAUGAGUCAAAAAGCAUUUGUUAGUUUGACAGCCGAAGGUGCUAUACCCUUCAAUGCCGAGGAAUAUUCUGAUAUUAAUGAGUUAAGGGCAUUAGCUGAAUUAAUUGGGCCCUAUGGUAUGAAACUGUUAAGUGAAACACUAAUGUGGCAAAUUGCAAGUCAAGUACAGGAAUUGAAGAAACUGGUUGUACAAAAUAAAGAGGUGUUGCAGAUGCUCAGGACUAAUUUUGAUAAACCAGAAAUUAUGAGAGAGCAGUUCAAAAGAUUGCAAAAUGUGGAUAAUGUACUACAACGGAUGACCAUUAUUGGAGUCAUAUUGAGUUUCAGACAAAUAGCUCAAGAGUCAUUACUAGAUGUUUUAGAAAGGCGUAUUCCGUUUUUGAUAAGUUCCAUAAAAGACUUCCAGCAACAGCUGCCGAGUGGUGAUCCAAUGCGAGUCAUUUCAGAAAUGUGUUCUGCUGCUGGCUUACCGUGCAAAGUAGAUCCAACAUUGGCAUCAGCUUUACGUCAGCAAAAAUCAGAAGUUGAGGAGGAAGAGCAUUUAAUUGUAUGCUUGCUAAUGGUGUUUGUUGCUGUGUCUUUGCCUAGACUAGCUCGGAGUGAAGUAUCUUUCUAUCGACCUUCCCUGGAAGGUCAUGCUAACAAUAUACACUGUAUAGCUCCAGCUAUCAACCACAUAUUCGGAGCUCUAUUCACUAUAUGCGGCCAGGGCGAUAUCGAGGAUCGAAUGAAAGAAUUCUUAGCUUUAGCGUCAUCAUCUUUGCUUCGUUUAGGGCAAGAAACUGAUAAAGAAGCUACUAAGAAUAGGGAAUCAGUUUACCUUCUAUUAGACUUGAUAGUGCAGGAGUCACCCUUUCUUACAAUGGAUUUGUUGGAGUCAUGUUUUCCAUAUGUAUUGAUACGUAAUGCUUAUCAUGAAGUGUAUAAACAAGAGCAGAUGCUUCUGCAUAUGUAAUUCCAUUGUAUUUAAAGACAAAUUAAGUUUUAGCAUUAAGUAUUACUGUAAUUAGGUUUAAAGAUAUACUAUUAAAAUUCAGGGUGUAAGGGAUCAGUUUCUGAAUCAAAAAGGGCAAGAAACUAGUACCUUAAUGGAAAUUAAAAACAAUAAUUAUCCACUAAAAACUUAAUAUAAAGUAAACAUUUUGACAAAAGUGCUGGUCGAUUUUGACAUAUCUAUAUGUAAAGGUGAAUGUCACAAGAAACACUGUUCCCUUCCAUCAGUUUAUUUGAAUGAAAUAGCAGUAAAGGAAUAAAUGUUUGGAUUUUGCACCAGCCUUCGUUUUUGGGAAAGAUACCAUACACCCUGUAUAAAUACAAGCACGUAUGCACUUUGAGAUUAUUGAUAAGUACUAUUAUCCGGUUUUGAUUGUGCUUCAGCCUAAUUAUUUUCACGAAAAUCACUUGACAUUUAAGACUGGAAAAUAUUCCUUGUAUUGAAAGCUAACAUAUUUAGAGAAUAUUUUAUUUAUUAGCCUUAGGAAGCUAGAUAUCGAUCAGCGAAUAUUCCACUUAUGUUAUUAAUUUAAGUACCGUUAACUUCUCAUGUAAAAUUUUCAUAAAUUUUUAAUAAUAUGUUUAUGUAGCGGUAGUUGCAAUGUAUUGAAUAAUUGUAAGAAUAUUCAGCAAGUCGAUAUGAGAGGAAAAAAUAGUAAUGAAGUAUAUUUGUAAAUACAUAAUAAACUAAACACAAACAGGUCAUAGGACUAUGGUGUAAAAUAAAAUAAUACCAAUUCUUGUCUAUUCCUUUAAGUACAUAGCAAAAUUUUCAUGACAAAGUUUAAGUUUUAUAUGGUCAAGAACAUGCUUUCUGCCGAAUAUUAAAAGUAAAAUACAUAAUUAUCCUUUUUGAUCUCUUCAAGAUACACAGAAACUUCCAUGAUUGCGUCGCAUGGAUAGGCAUUAGUCUGUCUAUAAGUCGACUAUAUUACAUAAGUCUUGGGAAGCGAUGUGGCUAGUCAGGAAAUUCAGAAAUGCAGGAAUUUUGGUACAUGAUUGAGACUUGAAUGAAAUAUUUUCUCCAGCUUUCCUGGUUUAUUAUAUAUUCUAUGCAAGAUUACUACUAGUAGGCCUAGGUAAUCGACACUCUUGUUUAGUCCUUAUAAAUUCUAAGUUGAUUUAUUUUAUUCCAUAGCAACACAAUGGCGAUAAGCAUAUAAAGUAUCAAAGAAAUUGAACUUGUUGCUUGCAAAAAAAAUUAGGAAGCUCGACUGUAGCCAUUGUAGUAAUUUUUUUAGUUUUAACUUUUAAUAUAUAUAUAUAUAUACCUAAUGUUUUUGUACUUUUUAUCAUAAAAUUGUUUUAUCUUAUUUUUAUUCAUUGUAAUUUACCAAAGUAAAAAAGGCAAUUCUAAUGUAAUGUCAAAUGAAAUAGUUGAAGAUUUAGUUAUAUAAUUGAGCAUUCUUUUAGACUUCCUUCAGAAUAUAAAUUAUUAUCAGAGUAGUAGUACAAAAAGGAAAUAUGUAAACCCACUGAAACAGAAAUUGUUGACGUUCGAUUUUUGUAAUAUCGUUGAUACUUUUGUACCUUAUAUUUCAAUUUAUUAUUAUACUAUAUAAAAAUAAAAUAUACCGCAUAUA